UUCACGGUUCACGUGAACAUGAGGGAUACAUGAUAUAUAUAUUUGUAUUGAAUAAAAAUACUAGACGAAUUUGCUAAAAUGGCUCAAAUAUCUAAGCUAGAAAUUAAUAUCAAGCGACUUUUAACGCGUUGCGAAUUAAUAGCGAAAGAUGAUCCGCAUAAAGACUGGAAACUCGAAAAGUAUAUACUUGCUCUGGAUGACAUGAUAAAUAAAUUGCAAACUUUACCAAAUAAACCAUCCAAAGAUAUUAUGAUAGGCUACACUAAACGAAUAGAUUUCUUAAAAGGGCUAAUAAGUGCAAUGAAAUUAUCAAAUCCAGUGGAGAGAGUGGCGGCUGCACAAUUGUUAUCGAAAAAUUCAACUUCUACAAACGAUUCCAUCAAUACAAAUAUCACAACGCAAAUACAUCAGAAGACCAUCGCGAAAUAUAAUCGGGAAUUACGAGCGGAAUUAUUCCACAGUGACAAAACUACAGAUAGAGAUGGUGUACGACAAAGAUUAUCAAAUUCCAAUAUCCAAGAUGAAGAUUUAGAUGCUAUUCUGAAGUACAAUCGUAAUAUCCAGGAGAAGAUUGCUGAGAAUAUGCUCUCCAUGACCAGCAGUAUAAAGGAACAAGCAUUAGUGGCAAAUGCUAUUAUAAAAAAGGACAUUGGUGCGCUGGAAACAUCUGACAAAUUGAGUGACCUUAAUGUUGCUAAAUUGAAGAAGGAAUCUCUGAAGUUAGAAGAGCACACUACCUCGACAUGGAGAUGCUGGGUGUGGCUUAUGAUAGCCUUUGUUUUAGUUGUAUUUUUCAACAUGGUGUUAUUUAUGAAAGUGGCAAAAAAGAAGAUUUAGAUAAUCAGUUGUAUGUUUGAUGAGUG